AACAGUUACUGACACUCACAUCGAUCUACAAUGAUGGAUGAUGUAUCUAUAUAAAGCUCUCCAUCGCCAUGCCCCAAUUCACAUCCAAUUUCAAUAAUUAUAAUAACAAUGAUAAUUACAAAAGCUUGGUUCCUGCUCGUAUGGCUCAUCUGCGGCAUUCAGCUCCACGUCGGCCAAUCGCGGCCGCCGUUCGCCUGCGAUCCGGCGAGCGCCGCCUCGAGGAGCUUGCCCUUCUGCAGCCCGUCGGUGCGCAUGGACGCGAGGGUUAGGGAUUUAAUCGGACGGCUCACAUUGCAGGAGAAGAUCAGGCUGUUGGUGAACAAUGCCGCCCCCGUCGACCGCCUCGGAAUCCGGGGGUACGAGUGGUGGUCCGAGGCUCUCCACGGCGUCUCCAACACCGGCCCCGGCGUCAAGUUCGGCGGCGCCUUCCCCGGCGCCACCAGUUUCCCCCAAGUCAUCACCACCGCCGCCUCUUUCAACGCCUCACUCUGGCAAGCCAUCGGCCAGGUGGUUUCGGAUGAAGCGAGGGCAAUGUACAACGGUGGGGUGGCCGGCCUGACCUACUGGAGCCCAAAUGUGAACAUUUUCCGGGACCCGCGGUGGGGGCGCGGCCAGGAAACUCCCGGCGAGGACCCGGCGUUGGCCGCCAGGUACGCCGCCAGCUAUGUCCAGGGCCUGCAGGGCGGCGGCGCCGGCGACAGGCUCAAGGUUGCUGCGUGCUGCAAGCACUACACGGCCUAUGAUCUUGAUUUCUGGAAGGGCAUCGACCGCUAUCACUUCAAUGCCAAGGUGAGCAGACAGGAUUUGGAAGAAACAUACAAUGUGCCGUUCAAGGCGUGCGUGAUGGAAGGUAAAGUGGCGAGCGUGAUGUGCUCUUACAACCAGGUUAACGGCAAGCCUACCUGCGCCGACCCUGCCCUCCUCCGCGGCACCAUCCGCGCGCAGUGGCGCCUCAACGGCUACAUCGUUUCAGAUUGCGAUUCCGUCGACGUUCUCUACAAUCAGCAGCAUUACGCCACAACGCCGGAGGAUGCAGUCGCUGACUCCAUUAAAGCAGGCUUGAACUUGGACUGUGGGCCUUUCCUUGCCGUCUACACUGAGAGGGCCGUCCAGCAGCGCAAACUCAGCGAAGCUGACGUGGACCAGGCCUUGGCCCAAUUACUCACCGUCCAGAUGCGUUUGGGCAUGUUCGACGGCCCAAAACAGCCUUAUCUUAAUUUGGGCCCAAGAGACGUUUGCACCCCAGCCCAUAAACAGCUGGCCCUCGAAGCGGCCCGUCAAGGCAUAGUCUUGCUACAAAACCGCAACCGCGCUUUACCCUUCUCCACCACUCGCCACCGCACCGUCGCUGUCAUCGGUCCCAACUCCGACGCCACCGACACCAUGAUCGGAAACUAUGCCGGAGUUCCAUGUGGUUACGAUACCCCUCUGCAAGGGAUAUCGAGAUACGCGAAGACAGUUCACGCGGAAGGCUGCACUUCCAUAAGCUGUGAAGGCAGCGAGCAAUUCGAUCGGGCUGAAGUAGGAGCUCGUCACGCCGAUGCAACGGUGCUAGUGAUGGGAAUCAACCAAGCCGUAGAGCGGGAAGCCCUAGAUCGAGCUAGCUUACUUCUACCGGGACGACAGCAGGAAUUAGUAUCAAGGGUGGCUCGAGCAUCCAAAGGCCCUGUUGUGCUGAUACUCAUGUCCGGCGGCCCAAUUGAUGUUUCAUUCGCCAAAAACGAUCCCAAAAUCGCCGCCAUUUUAUGGGCGGGCUACCCCGGCCAGGCCGGAGGAACCGCCAUAGCCGAUGUCUUAUUUGGAGCUACAAAUCCAGGGGGGAAGUUGCCGAUGACAUGGUAUCCUCAAUCCUAUUUAGCCAAAGUACCUAUGACCGACAUGGCCAUGCAUGCAGAUCCAUCUCGAGGAUAUCCAGGGCGAACUUAUAGAUUCUACAAAGGUCCAAAUGUCUUCCCUUUCGGAUUUGGGCUAAGCUACACAAGCUUUAGGCACACAUUGGCCCACGGCCCAACUAAACUUUCGGUCCCAUCGACGAGUCUAAAAGCUUUCAAUAGCACGACUCGGGCAAUUAGAGUGUCACACACAAGUUGUGACGCUUUAAUGCAAGAAAUGCAUAUCGAUGUGGAAAAUAUUGGAGAAAUGGAUGGGUCGCAUACGGUAAUGGCAUUUGUCACUUCUCCGUCUAAGGAAGAUAAACAAUUAGUGGCAUUUGAGAAGGUCCACGUAAUGGCCGGAGCCAAAACACGGGUUAGGAUCAAUAUUGACGCAUGCAAACAUUUGAGCGAUGUAGAUAAAUUUGGAAUUCGAAGAAUUCCUAUGGGCGAUCACCAUGUGCAUGUGGGGAUCGAGGAAGAUCUAAAGCACGUCAUUUCACUCGAGCAUAUUGAUGCGGAUGAAGAAAUCAAAUCUUAACUUCCAAAGAACAUUGGAUUCUUUGAAAAACCAUAUUUGUUAUAACAAACAAGUGUAUGAUACAUGUUGGCGAGUUUACAUGUAGCAUAGAAUACAUUUAGGCUAAGGAAUGAUGGAUGAAAAGAAAAGGGUGAUUAAUUAUUAUGUUGAUGCAAUUGUAAACGUAAGUUGUAAUUUGGAUUUAUGAGUGAAUGGAAAGUAUGUAUGAUUUGGAUUGGUA